UUUCAGAAAAUAACCAUGCAGCAACCAGUAAUAAACCAACAACCGGGCUACAACCCACAGGGUAUGAAUCCAGUGCAACAAUUCGAAAUGCAUCAGCAGCAGCACCAACAAGCAAUCACAACUCAGCCAGGUGUCUUUGUGCAGCCGGCUCCUGGCUCCGUGUGGAUGCCAAUGCCACCAGCAAUCCAAGGUGUGCCUACAGGCCUGGAGUAUCUUACCUACUUGGAUACAAUCAUGGUGCAUCAAAUCAAGGAGCUCAUCGAGAUUGUGACGGACUGGGAGACCAAGAACAAGUACGUGCUCAAGAAUGCAAAUGGAGAACAGUGUUACUACGCGUUCGAGGAGUCCGGAUGCUGUGAGAGACAGUGCUGUGGACCGCAACGUGGAUUCGUCAUGCAUAUUGUGGAUAACUUUAAGAGGGAAGUUCUGACCAUCAAGCGUGAGUUCAAGUGUUGCGGAGGUGGUUGCUGUGGAUGCUUGGCAUGCAUCGGAUGCUGCCAGCAGGAAUGUAUCAUCGAGACCCCAUCGAUGGGUGUUCUGGGUAUCAUCCGUCAGCGGUGUGGAUGCAUGUCGUCGAAUUAUGAUAUUAUGGAUGGAGAUGGAAAUGUGAUCUUCCAGAUUGAUGGUCCAUGCUGUUGCAUGCUUUGCGGAUGUCAGGAUAAGGAGUUUCCGAUCAAAACCGCCAACAACGGCACAGUUGUCGGCGCGAUCACCAAAAAAUGGGGAGGUUGCUUCCGAGAGGCGUUCACCGACGCCGACACGUUCGCCGUCAACUUCCCCGGCGACCUGGACGUCAAACUCAAAGGAGUACUGAUAGGAGCCACGUUUUUGAUUGAUUUCAUGGAGUUUGAGCAACAGAGCCAAAACCGCAAUAACGGAGGUUUGUGAUUAUCGCUUUUUGCUAACAGAAGUUUUUUUGUUGUGGAAAUUAUUGAUUUUUGCUUAAAUUAUCAACUUUUGUCUAAAAAAAACUAUUGAUUUAUGUGAAAAUUAUCGAAUAUUGAAAAAGGAUUGGUGUCUUCCCUAAAAUAUGAAUUUUCGUCCAAAUUAUUGAUUUUUGGGAUAAUUAUGGAUUUUCGCUUGAAUUAUCAAUUUUUUUUUGCUUUUUCAGUCUAACCGUCCGUCUGCUUAACCCUCUACCAUUUGCUUUACAUUUUUGCUGUGUUUUUCGGUGAUUAGAGCAUAAUUUGGUAUGCAAUCCCGGUUUUUUGUCAAUUGACCUUUUUUUAAUUCCAGGAGCCUAUUACAGUUCUUCUUAAAGGUACAGCAAGCUCCGCAUGCUGCUGCCCCGAUGGUUGUGAUUGCAAUUGUGACUGUAAUUGUUAAAAGCCAACUUUUUUAAAAACGUUUUUCUUAUUAUUCCAACGCAUUCUUCCAAUAUAUGUAUGACGUCACUU